GUUGCAGCGGCCGGUUGGGUAUUGCUCGGUCUCUAAAGCUGGAGGACUGCUGUUAGCAGAAGGUGCAUUCCAGUUUUUCAGAUUAUUUGGAAGAGGUGGGAAAGUUACAUUGGAUUUUUCACUCCCAGCCUGUGGGCAAGUGGACCCACAAACUGAGAGACAGUGAGUGCACCGACUAAAAGAGCUUACUCCUGAAUAAAGGAGUGGCGGUGACGAUGUCUCAGAGCAGAGCCUCUUACUCCUUUGAUGCUCCAACAGCCUUCAUCAAUUUCACAUCUAUUAAUAAUGAAGAUGUCUGUAAUGUGGACUCCUGGUUUGAGGAGAGGGCCAAUUUGGAAAAUAAACCUCCUGAAGAUGAUGAAGCCCCAGGUCCCUCCUAUAGGAAGACACCUUUGAGAAAGGCCCAUGUUCCCCAAGCAGUUGUCAUGCCUCUGAGAUCAGUUGGCAACUCUUAUGUGGAAACAGAGAAUCUACCAGAAGAAUCUGCUCCAUCAAAUGCUUGUGACUCACCAGGCAUCCAGGAAACAUCAAAAAAUGCCCCUGUUUUUGGAUCCCUUGUUCCAGGCCAGUCCCUAAGGGUGACCAGGAGCCUGUCUGCUCAGAAGAAGUCAGAACAUCGGCAGAAACAGCAGUUCAGAAUGAAAGCAGAGAGACACCCUAUUUCCGUGGCCAGUGAGGAAAUGCCACCUUCUAAGAAGAUGAAAGUCACUGAGGGCAAAAGUAAGCCCAUGGAAGGCACCAAAAAUGGGGCCCAGAAGAGUGAAUCUUCCCUGGGACGCCCCACAGGCAGAUCAGCUGUAUCUCACACACCGCCCACAAGGAAGAAGGUUUUGAAAAGUACAGAGGAACAGGAAUUGGAGAAGAGACUCAGGAUGCAGCAGGAAGUGGUAGAGAUGCGUAAGAAGAAUGAAGAAUCCUUGAAAAUAGCUCUAGCAGGACUAGGGCAGCCUCUGAAGAAAACAGUUAGCCAGGUAACCAAGUCAGUUGACUUCCACUUCCACACAGAUGAUAGGAUCAAACAGCUCCCCAGGAGCCAAGAAGAAUAUAAAGAGGUGAAUUUUACGUCUGAACUUCGGAGGCAUCCUCCAUCUCCGGCCCGAGUAGGCAAAGGGCCUACCAUUGCCAAGCCUUUCAAUUUGUCUCAAGGAAAGAAAAGGCCUUUUGAAGAAAUAUCCUCUACUUAUGUACCUCUUGCUCAGCAAAUUGAAGCUUUCCAUAAACGAACUCCUAAUAGGUACCACCUGAGGAGCAAGAAAGAUGACAAGGGUCUGUUACCCUCCAAACCAUCGAUGCUCAAGAUAACAAACCCACAGACUCCUGUAUUUAAAACCAAGCAACGCACGAGGCCUGUAACAUGCAAGAGCACAGCGGAGUUGGAAGCAGAGGAACUUGAGAAAAUCCAACAAUAUAAAUUCAAAGCACGGGAACUUGACUCUAGAAUCCUUGAAGGUGGACCCAUCUUGCCAAAGAAACCUCCUGUAAAGCCACCCACUCAAGCUAUUGGUUUUGACCUGGAAAUUGAGAAAAGGAUACAAGAACGAGAGGCAAAAAAGAAAUCAGAAGAUGAUCACUUUGAGUUUCAUUCUAGGCCUUGUCCUACCAAGAUCUUGGAAGAUGUUGUGGGUAUUCCAGAGAAAAAGAAGCUCCCUACCACAAUCCCUAAAUCUCCUGCCUUUGCCCUAAAGAACCGAGUCCGUGGACUCACCAGAGAGGAUGAGGAAGAAGAAGAACCAGUAGUGAUCAAAGCUUACCCUGUGCCACACUAUGGAGUGCCCUUUAAGCCUCGAAUCCCAGAGCAAAGAACUGUGGAGAUGUGCCCCUUCUCCUUUGAUUCCCGGGACAAAGAGCGGCAAUUACAAAAGGAGAAGAAAGUAAAAGAGCUACAGAAAGGAGAGGUGCCUAAAUUCAAGGCACAUCCCCUGCCUUACUUCGACACUGUCAGCUUGCCAGAGAAGAAAGUGAAGAAUUCGACACAGCCCGAACCUUUCCAUCUGCAGACAGAUGAACGAGGAGCUCUUAAGGCCCAGACCUGGAAGCAUCAGCUUGAAGAAGAUUUAAGGCAGCAGAAAGAAGCAGCUUGCUUCAAAGCUCGCCCAAACACUGUCAUCCAUCAGGAGCCCUUUGUUCCCAAGAAAGAAAAAAAACCAACGUCAGAGGACCUUUCUGGUUCCAUAGUUCAGGAACCUUUUCAACUGGCAACAGAGAGGAGAGCCAGAGAGCGGCAGGAAUUUGAGAAACAAAUGGCCGAGAUUGAAGCACAGAAAGCCCAGAGACUGGAGGAGGCCAGGCAGCGAGAAGAAGAGCAGAAGAAGGAAGAACUAGCCAAACUUAGACAAGAACUGGUACAUAAGGCAAAUCCCAUUCGCAAAUACCAAAGUGUGGAGGUGAAGCCCAGUGAACAACCCCUGACCUUACCAGUGUCUCCCAAGUUUUCUACCAGAUUCCAGUGUUAAGCCCCGGUUUCCUGUGUUUGUACGUGUUUUUUCCUUUUGGGAGAUGGUGGCACACUACUACAACUCAAGACUCUUUUCAUGCUUUACCACUGGGCAUGUAGGACUCAUUUCUACCAACUGUCUUAACUGUGCCUCACUCCUGAAGACUUCUGGUCAUUCUGAUGCCCUUAAUAGACUUUGUCUAAUCUAGUCAUGUAGUCACUUCCUUUCAAUACCAGCUGGCUUUGAAUGUGGGUCUUAAUUUUUUCAAUAUGGUUUUAAGCAUAUUGUAACCUAUUAGCCAGCUCAUUUUUUAAAACAAGAAAAUAAAGAUAGUUAAGUUUAGAGACCCAGGGCUUAAAUUGUAAUUGGAGGUGAGACUUUCUGUCUCCACUGCUUUCCUUUAUUUCAUACACUGACCUUUCUCUUUCCACCCAUUGCUCUCUUUUAGGAGAGUAGAGUUGGCUCUAGGAAUAAGGAGUUGAUUAAUCAUGACCUCUUAGCUUUCAGUUGCUAAGAGAGAGAAAACUGGCCUAAGCAAAUCUUUAUUUAUACCAAUGAGUGAUAAGGCCAGAUGGAUAAAUUAAAUUCACAGAUGUUCCAGAAAACUAUUGUACCCAUCAUGUUGACCUCACAUACAAAAUCUUUGCCAGAGCUAUUAUAAGAAACAUUUGGUGGAUUUGAGCUCUUUUCCAUAUUUUUUUCUCCAUUUCCCAACCCUCUCCUCUCCCCCAAUAUUUGUUGCCAGCAAGCCAGAAUUGAAAAAAAGAUGAAAAGAAGAAAAGCCUGGAUAGAAUAAUAAGAUAUCACUAAGAAGAAUUGGAAGAAACCUGAGAGAUCAUCUAAUCCAGCUCUCAUAUGUUAUAACAAAAAGGGCCUAGGGAGAUAUACAGUGGUGUGAACGUAUCUACGUAUUCUCCCUACUUGCAGGUGAUGGAGAAACACCAACCCUGAUCACCCUUGAUAGUUGUUAUAAUUUCCCCUUCCUCUAACAGUUGCCCAGGGAGGACCCCAAAAGG